GUUGUACCACAUCGGAGUUCAUCUGCCAGUUCCUCACCACGAGCUCAUCAGAAAUCAAACCAUUUACGAAAAUGGGGUUCGUUAAAUAAUUCAGCUGAUUUGAAUAGUUCAUUAACCUCUCACAGUGCAAGAGAACCCAACUGGAACCAAGAUGAAGGUUAUCUGAAGAUAUAUAUUAAAGGUCGAGGUAUUGCCUUGUAUGCACCAUCAGAAGUUACAGAUUUUGAUGUUAGUAAAGUUGGAGAUGCUCCUAAUGAAAAAUUACAAUUAGAAUGGGU